AUGGCACAAGCAGUACCUAAAAGAGAAUCUGCUCAGAAAGCAUAUCUUGAUGUUAUUCGAACAACACUUCAAGCAGCUUUUUGUAUUGAAAAUUUUGAAUCACAACUUGUCGAACGUCAUAAUAAACCAGAAGUUGAAGUCAAAUCUAAUAUAAAUUUAUCACUUAAUCCAGUUACAAUAAGUCGUAAUCCAGAUCAACGUGUUCUUAUUGAAGGUUCUAUUAAUUCGAUUCGAAUCAGUAUUGCUGUUAAACAAUCAAAUGAGCUAGAAAAAAUUCUAUGUAAACGGUUAAUGCGUUUUAUGAUGCAACGUGCUGAUGAUUUUUAUAUACUUCGUCGAAAACCAAUUGAAGGAUAUGAUAUAAGCUUUUUAAUUACAAAUUUUCAUGCUGAACAAAUGUAUAAACAUCGUCUUGUUGAUUUUAUAAUUUAUUUUGUUGAAGAAAUUGAUAAAGAAGUUAGUGAAAUGGUAUUAGCAGUUAGUUCACGUGGACGAAUGGCUGCAGAUGAAUUCUUUAAAAGAUUUAAUUGA